AUGAAGUCAUUCUUCAACACCAUGACGGCUCUCGUAGCUGUGGGCGUUGUUGCUCUUCCCGACCAGCUUGCCCGGGCUCUGGUUGCCGUCGAGGAACCCUCAGGUGUCCCGCAGCCUAUGGUUCCCGUCGUUCAGGGUUGCUUCUCUUCCUCUGGCGACCUCGAGUUCAACUCAGCACCAAAGUACAAUUCCAAGGAUGAAUGUGGCAAUAAGCUCUGCCAAAAGCUGGGCAAGAAGGUUGCUGCUACGACCCAGGGCCAAAAGUGCUACUGCGGUGACAGCUACCCGCCCAAGAGCACUCUGGUCGACGACAAGAUGUGCAACAUCUCGUGCACUGGCUUUGGUGAACAAGCCUGUGGUGGUCUCGGCUACUAUACCGUCUACAACACUGGUCUUGAGUUAGUCGACGUCCACAACUUGCCCGAUCCUAGUUCAAGCGCCGCGGCAAAACCUACCACGACCUCUACAACCUCAUCUGCCCCGACCGUUUUCGUAACCGAGAGCAACACACCCUCAGCCUCUGCCCAGCCCCAGUCGAAAUCCAACACCGCUGGCAUUGCAGCUGGUGUCGUAGUGGGUGUCGCCGUCGUGGGUGCUGCCGUCGGUGGUCUCUUCUUCUUCAUGCGCCGCCGCCGCAACCGCGAGAUUGAGGAAGAGCACCGUCGCAAUGCCGCUGUCAAUGCCUUCAUGAACUCGGGCAAGCCUCCCAGCAGCAGUGGCGGAUAUUCCGCCUCGGACUCCCGCAUGGACCCUGUCAUGGCCCAGCGCAGGAUGAGCUCUGGAAGUAUUGCCGACAAUGAGGACUACUCAAGAAGGAUCCUUCGGGUCACGAACGCUUGA